GACGGGCUUGAUUAGGGUAACUUAAGUGGCCUGAUGACAGCAAAUGACAGCGCUUGUGCUCCUGGGUCGCUGCUUUCUGUGGUCCUUUGGCAGUCCCUUUUGAUGGGACUCGGAUCCUAGUUUUCAGAAUCUAUGAUUCUGUCUCCCUUCGGUCAGAAGUCAGAGCCUGGUGACUUUAGGAGAGCUGUGUGCUACUCCAGGAUAGAGAGGAAAAGUAAGCAGCGGGUCCCUGGGUCCCCGGAGUCCUGGGAGCCUGGCCCCGACGCCCAGGAGCCCGCGCCGCGCCCCCGCCCCUGCCCAUCCCCGGCUGCCCUGUCAGUCUCCAUUAGCGCUAACAGGCUCCAGACCGAGCGGGCUGGGAGCUGGGUUAAUGCAAUCGGCGCGUUACCUGGGGCACAGGCUACAUUACCAGCCCGGCCCCCGCCCGGUGCGAUCAGAAGAGCCAGCCUGCGUCCGUCCGGCCGGCUGCCCAGCGCCUCUAGCCGCGCCCCAGUGCCACGCGGCGGAGCCCGGCCGGGUGGCAUCCCACAGCCCGCAGAGCAGAGCGCUUGGCGUGCGGAUCCCCCAGCUGCAGGACAUAGCUUCGACGUGCUCUCGCCAGCACACAUGAAGUCCCUCUCGCCGGCCGCACCCAUUCUUCUGGCGCGGAUGAACCCGCAGGUGCAACCCGAGAACAGCGGGGCGGACCCGGAGUCCUUGCAACCCUCUCGGGGAUGCAAAACCGCUGAUCUGCUGGUAGUGAAGGAGCACAACGGCGUCCAGUGCCUCCUGGCUCCCCGGGACCGGGACGCGCAGCCUCGGGAGACCUGGGGCAAGAAGAUCGAUUUCCUGCUGUCGGUGGUCGGCUUCGCGGUGGACCUGGCCAACGUGUGGCGCUUCCCCUUCCUCUGCUACAAGAAUGGGGGCGGUGCCUUCCUGAUCCCAUACACCCUGUUUCUCAUCAUUGCUGGGAUGCCUCUGUUCUACAUGGAGCUGGCUCUGGGGCAGUACAACCGGGAGGGGGCAGCCACAGUGUGGAAGAUCUGCCCUUUCUUCAAAGGAGUUGGUUAUGCUGUGAUCCUCAUGGCCCUCUACGUUGGCUUCUACUACAAUGCCAUCAUCGCCUGGUCGUUCUACUACCUCUUUGCCUCCUUCACUUUGAGCCUGCCCUGGACGGACUGUGGCCACGCCUGGAAUAGCCCCAACUGCACUGACCCUAAACUCUUCAACAGCUCUGUGCUGGGCAACCACACCAAGUACUCCAAGUACAAGUUCACACCGGCAGCAGAGUUUUAUGAGCGCGGGGUCCUACAUCUUCACGAGAGUGACGGGAUUCACGACAUUGGCUUGCCCCAGUGGCAGCUUCUACUCUGUCUGAUGCUUGUCGUCAUCAUCCUGUAUUUCAGCCUCUGGAAAGGAGUGAAGACAUCAGGAAAGGUGGUGUGGAUCACGGCCACGCUGCCUUACUUCGUGCUGUUUGUGCUCCUGGUCCAUGGCAUCACGCUGCCCGGCGCCUCCAAUGGCAUCAGCGCCUACCUGCACAUCGACUUCUACCGUCUAAAGGACGCCACGGUGUGGAUUGAUGCUGCAACUCAGAUAUUUUUCUCCUUGGGGGCUGGAUUUGGAGUCUUGGUUGCAUUUGCCAGUUACAACAAAUUUGACAACAACUGUUACAGGGAUGCCAUGCUGACCAGUACCAUAAACUGUGUCACCAGCUUCAUCUCUGGGUUCGCCAUCUUUUCCAUCCUUGGUUACAUGGCCCAUGAACACAAGGUCAACAUUGAGGAUGUUGCCACUGAAGGAGCGGGGCUUGUGUUCAUCCUGUAUCCAGAAGCCAUUUCUACCCUGUCGGGAUCUACAUUCUGGGCCAUCCUGUUUUUCAUCAUGCUACUGACUCUGGGCCUUGACAGCUCAAUGGGAGGCAUGGAGGCGGUCAUCACAGGCCUGGCUGAUGACUUCCAAGUCUUGAAGAGACACCGGAAACUCUUCACAUUGGGAGUCACCCUUGGCACCUUUCUUCUGGCUCUGUUUUGCAUAACCAAGGGUGGAAUUUACGUCCUAACUCUCCUGGACACCUUUGCGGCAGGCACCUCCAUCCUGUUUGCGGUACUCAUAGAAGCCAUUGGAGUUUCCUGGUUUUAUGGUGUGGACAGGUUCAGCAAUGACAUCCAGCAGAUGAUGGGGUUUAAGCCGGGCCUGUACUGGAGAUUGUGCUGGAAGUUCUUCAGCCCGGCCUUCCUCCUGUUUGUGGUGGUAGUCAGCAUCGUCAACUUCAAACCACUCACCUAUGAUGAUUACGUCUUCCCCACCUGGGCCAACUGGCUCGGAUGGGCCAUUUCUCUCUCAUCCAUGGCCCUGGUUCCUGCCUACAUCAUCUACAAGUGCCUCAGCACGCGGGGCUCCCUGCGGGAGAGACUGGCUUAUGGCAUCACACCGGAGAAUGAGCACCAUCUGGUGGCACAGAGAGAAAUCAGGCAAUUCCAGGUGCAGCAUUGGUUGGCCAUCUGAACUUCACCUGGAGGAGGAGGAGUCCACUGUGUCCAGGUCCUGGUCAAAGGCCUCUGCUUCACUCUGACCCUGGACACUGUCUUGGAAUUCUUCUCCUGGAAGACGCUCUUUCCAAUCCCCUCUUCUUUUCUUGGUUACAAAUGACUUAGUAACUAUGAUUUUUGUUCACCUCUGUUCAUCUGGCCUAGGGCCUAUGAGUGUGAAGGACUGGUGAGCCUCAAAGAAGAGGAGAGGAGGAAUCAGUAAAAAGGACUUGUGUGGGAACCCCAGUUUUGGGGGGUAGGUCUCAUUACUUUGGGAGCUCGCCCAAGCUGAAAUCCAUGGCUCAGGUAGAAUCCUUUACCAUGUUUACUUAUAUUUUGGGCCACAGAAGAAAAUCUCAUUCACCCAGUCUGAGAGAGGAUGGGUUUUAGAUCAGACACCAAAAUGUAUCCAGACCAAUUUGGUAUGUGAAUGGGAAUUUCCUAUGUUCCCCUUCUCUUGCCCACCACAAGCACUUUGGUGUCUCAACUUCAUUUUGGGAAUAUCAGCUUAUUUGUCCUUAAAUGAAAUCAGUAGAUUGAUGCUUUUGGGACCUAGAGCAGAAAUCUUCAUAGUUUUUACCCUGGUUAUCUGAAUUUGAUUUGUGUCUGAUCCAGAAUGCUCUUCUGGCUUCUGUUGUUCAGAUGGCCCACAGCCAUUGAUGCCAGGUAAAGAAUGCAGGUGAAGCAGGGAAAGCAGGGUCCCAGAGAAUCUGCACUAGGUAGAGGCAACGAGGCCAAAUGUGUAUUUCAAAUGCACGUGCUAAUCUUAUCCUAUGAGACACAUGGGAUUCUAAAAACUCAUUGGUGUUUCCUGAGAUCUUCUUGGGGAAAUUGGACAGGGUCUUGGGUAAGCCAAGUGUGAGGAUAAACCAUAGGGAACUCUGCUGUCCUUUUAGGGCCAGAGGAGUAACAAACUAUCCUAUUUACUGUUCAUGGACACUAGGAAAACCUUCCCUCACCCCACCAGCGUGAGUAAUGGGGAAUUGACCCUGAAAACUCCUUUUGUCUCUUGUUAAGAUCUAGACACCUGGGUACCUUGGAUGGGGUGGAGUGGGGCAAAACACUCCACAACCUAAUCACUCAAAUUGAGAAAAUAUUCUGAGUGGAAGAAAGGGUUGGUGGGUUUUGACAUUCCUGGCUUUACUUCUGGUAAAACUCCCAAGUGCUUGGUUUCAAUUCGAUGAGCAAUGAUUGGUGGUUUGGAAAACUGGUGGCAUUCAUUCGAGAUUUCUAUUUAUGGGCUGAGUCACAGGAAGUCAUUGAGAAAUUGUGCAUUCCUAUUUUGACUGUGUGAGUCCCUGUUGCACAUAAGACCACUUCACUUACCCUGGGAGUGGGAAGAACUUCGAGAAUGUGCUGUGGCUAAAGCCAGGAUGUCUGUGAGCCCCUUAGAUACUGCAAUUUGAGGGCAAGAUUGAGUCAUUUGGAGACAGUGAAAGCUUAUCUCUGAGAGCCGUUGGGUUUUUCUGCUGAGUCAAAAUCUUGAGGUCACUCUUUAGAGAAUAAAGAGAGGAACAAUUUUUUGACCUUUCAUUAAAAGAAGGCCAGUGUAUGACCUGAGGUAGCCUAAGUGGCUUGGGCCCUUGGGAAAGAGGAGGCCAGCUGCACACAGAUAGAAUGGAUCAGGUGCUGGUCUAGAUCCCUUGACUCCUUCCAUGAGAGAUAAUUCCUUCCUAAAUGUUAUCAUUUUUUAAAUUUUAACAAAGCACUUUUCCCAUGUUGUCCCCUAGCUUCCCCAUGUGUGUGUACAGCAAGGCUGGCUCCUAUUUCCCCACUUCCCUGGUGAGAAAACUAAGACUGGAAUUUCAGUUCAUGUAGUUGAAGGACUGACCUCCAAGGAAUUGAGUUGGUGCUUCAUGCAUAAGCUCAGCUCUCAGCUCAGAGAACUCAGAAUAUGUUCACCAUAUGGUCCAUCCCACCUAGGACUGUCUUGAGACACAGAACACCCAGAAAUCUACUCAAAAGCAAAGGAGCACUUCUUAGCCAAAGAACAAUGUGUUGGAACAAAGAGAAGAGAGAAAAGAGUGGCAUUCAUUCUUACCUGGCUGCUUGCCAGACAGGAAAUGGUUUAGUUGCUGUACACCCUUUUAAUGAAAAUAACUACUUGCUGAACAGUGGAGCCUGAGAAGCUAAAUUCAUCUGGCUGACCUGAGCACCCACUCAGAAAGGCUCAUGUGCAUUAGAUCACAGCCAGCUUGCUAAUUUUUUCUUAGUCGCCUGCACUGUGGUCGUUCUGCCUCUAGACACUGUCCUCGGGGCUAAUUAGAGGAGUGGUGCUAGCUGAAUGAUCAUCAAACUAAUGCCAUGGUGCUGCCUCGGGGUGAAGUUGACUCCUGAGUCUGGGGUAGAUGGAGCAGUUCCUAGUUCCAAUCCUAGGUACCCUGAGGGAGUAGAGGUACCCAGAAAGGCCUUGAAGAUUCUCACAGAGGUGCUGGGAGACCUCUGGGUUCACCUUUCUAGCUACACAUAACAGAGAAAGACUAUAUGCUUCAUCCUAAGUAAUGACUGACAUCUUUUUUGUAAUCUUUUUUUUAAUAGGAGAAGUCACCCAGGACCAGGGUACUCCUGUGUAUUAUAAUACGACACUAGACACUUUUGAUAUUUUACUAGAUUUUAAGAGAAUUAUUAUUUUCCAUGAAAUGUAAGAGAUCUGUUUAAGACCAUCAUGUUGACAUCCUUCUACUCAAUGUCUAGUUAUUUAAUAUUUACAUGUUAGUCUUUAUUCUAGAUGCAAAUGAGACAAAGGAAGAGGGGAGCUGCCAACUCUUGCCAAAUAUCUUGCUGAAAAAGAUUCCCUAAACUGCCUUAAUUCUCAGAGAAGAAAGGUUCUUGCCCAGGUGGGAAUCUGUUUCUUGCCAUGUGAUCUCUUUUCCAUCUUUGAUCAUGUAAAAACUGAAGCCUUCUUACCAAAGAAGUCAUUACUUUUAAUCCCACUGGACUCACUUUAUGUGUUUUUAAUUUCUUUUGAAAGGCACGGAGGGGAAAAUCACACAGUGUACACAGGGUGGUGGAGAAGCAGAACACUAAGAGUUGCAAAGACCUGGGUCUGCAACUGUCUAGCUGGGUGGCCUGGGAAGAAAAGCUUCACAUCUUUUUUGGUUCAAGGUUAUUUGUUUGCAAAAUCAGGGAUUGGAUCAGAUAAUGAAAGGUCCCAUCCAAUUAAAAACAAAAAAGCCAAACAACCUUUAUAGCUCCAUAGUGUUCUUGUGCUAAAUUUGCAAUGAAGAAAAUACAUUCUUUGCUAUAAGAUUUUCCAAAAUGAUUUAUAAUCAUAAGCAGACCACUUAGAAAUAUCAGAUUUUUGUCCUCUAAAACUUUUGAGAUUUUUAGAUAUUUAGUAGUUCCACUUUCUCAGAUAUUUCUCCAGCAGAUGCCAGAAAUCCUUGGUAUUUGAAUUAAAUAACACCAGCCCUUCUCUUUACAGAACUGGAGGGUGAUAUUCCGUCAUGCCCAUAAACAGCAUGACUGCACUGGUGACUGUGAAGACAUUGUGGGGUGCCUGCCCAUGUCUCUCUGUAUCUCAGUCUUUGUGAAAAUGCAGACUAUUUCAAUAAUGUCCUCUCUGUGUCCUGGAUGUGGUAGUGUCCCGCAAAUCUCUAUUGUCUGACUUGGAUUUGUUUUAAAAGUUGUUCUCUUCAUGGAAGAAUAAAUGUAAAGAAAAAUAAAUGAUAUUUCCUGUGGCA